AUGUCAUCUGGAAAGAAAAUAGAUAAGUCUAACUUAACAAUACCUUCUGGUAGCAUUGAUCGAGAAAUUAUUAGCAUGCAGCCUUCGGAAAUCCAGCAAAUGCAGACUCAGCCUUCCUAUGCUGAAACAUUUCCCUUAGAUGGUGUUCCUCAUGGAUGUUAUAGCACGAUGAUAAAUUCUUUAGGGAAUCUUUGUGGAUUUGUCGGAUCAAUUCCGAUUUUGUGUUGUUGCUGCUUCAAUCCUUUUCAGAGGGUUACGCAAGGAAACGUUGGUUUAAUUUCACGAUUUGGCCGAUUUUAUAAGAUUGUUGAUCCAGGCUUGACUAAAGUGAAUAUUAUAACUGAGAAGCUAAUUUCAGUCGACAUGAGGAUACAAAUUACAGAGAUUCCCAGACAAGCUAUUAUGACAAAGGAUAAUGUAUAUGUUCAUAUAGAUUCUGUUCUAUAUUGGCAUAUAAUUGACCCUUAUCAAGCUACUUUUGGUGUUACUGAUAUUCGCAGAGCUCUCAUUGACCGUACUCAGACUACAUUGAGGCAUACACUUGGCACACGUGUUCUUCAAGAUUGCAUCGAAAGUCGUGAAGCAAUUGCGGUUGAAAUAAAAGAAAUGAUUGAUGAACCGGCUCACGGUUGGGGUGUUAAAGUCGAAAACAUUUUGAUUCGUGACAUUUUAUUUUCUUCUGACUUACAAAAAUCUCUUUCUUCUGCUGCUCAACAAAAAAGAAUUGGUGAAAGCAAAGUUAUUUUGGCUCAGGCCGAAGUUGACUCUGCUAAACUUAUGAGACAAGCGGCUGAAAUUUUAAAUUCGCCUGCUGCUAUGCAAAUUCGAUAUCUUGAAGCAAUGACUACGAUGUCAAAAUCCUCAGGUAGCAAAGUUAUUUUCAUGCCUUAUUCUCCUGGGCAAGUUCAAUUUGGAGCUACCAAUGAAUCAGGUUCUAGUAGUUUUGGUACAUUUAAUCCGGUUACUGCAUCAAUAUAUGAAACAAUAGCAGAUAAACAAUAA